UUUGGGUGGAGAGGCGCCGGACUCCGGCUCCUCGCGGCGGGGGAGAGCAUCCGUCAACCCUCGGCUGAGGGGCUGCUGGCGAGUCCCGUGCAAUCGGAGGGUGCCAAGCUCAGGGCAGAAGAGAAAAGUUCGCGGGGCUUUCCGGGGCCGCCCCCCCUUCGCAAAGGCAAUGGCUUCCAAACUCCUGCGCGCGGUCAUCCUUGGGCCGCCGGGUUCGGGCAAGGGCACCGUGUGCCAGAGGAUCGCCCAGAACUUUGGUCUCCAGCAUCUCUCCAGCGGCCACUUCUUGAGGGAGAACAUCAAGGCCAAUACGGAAGUUGGUGAUAUGGCAAAACAGUACAUAGAGAAAGGUCUAUUGGUUCCAGAUCAUGUGAUCACACGUCUAAUGAUGUCGGAGCUGGAGAAUCGUCGUGGCCAGCACUGGCUGUUGGAUGGUUUUCCUAGGACUUUAGUUCAGGCUGAAACCCUGGAUAAAAUCUGUGACCUGGAUCUAGUGAUCAUUUUGAACAUUCCAUUUGAAACACUCAAAGAUCGUCUCAGCCGGCGCUGGAUUCACCCUCCCAGUGGAAGAGUAUAUAAUCUGGACUUCAACCCACCUCAUGUGCAUGGCAUUGAUGACAUCACCGGUGAACCAUUAAUUCAGCAGGAAGAUGAUAAACCUGAAGCAGUUGCUGCCAGAUUAAGACAGUACAAGGAUGUGGCAAAGCCAGUCAUUGAAUUAUACAAGAGCCGAGGAGUGCUCCACCAGUUUUCUGGUACAGAGACCAACAAAAUCUGGCCGUAUGUUUACACACUUUUCUCAAACAAGAUCACGCCUAUUCAGUCCAAAGAAGCAUACUGAGCCUGUCCAUUGGAAGAACCAGGAAGAUGCCAUUCACUCAACUGCUAUUAAAUAAUGUAGUUAUUGCUGAAAGAAGUUAAGAACUAAGGGGAGAUAUGGAAUCUCUUCAUGCACCAGAAACUGAGCUCUCUGGAGGGUCUCAUCUUAACUGCUGGUCUGAUGUGUGGUCGACGCUUUUCGUUUUUUUUUUUUUUUUUGUGGAAAAAUAAAAUUCUCAAUGUUUUUGGUCAUCCUCAAAAAAAAAAAGGAAAAUUGUUACCUAUACAAAUAUUAAAAUGUCAUAUUUUAGACAUAGAAGUAACAAGACUGAAUGGAAUUACUGGAGUGAAAAGAUAGUUGUGCUUUCUACUCAAGAAAAAAUAUUUUGAAAAUGCUGCUAACUAUUGAUGCUGAAAAUGUUUAUCACCUGUGAGUGACCCAAACAUAUUAGGGAAUAGGGCCUGUGGGGUAGGGGAAAUACUGUACUAACUGUGCUAUGUCUGAGUAUGACAGCUUUACAAUUAUUGGAAAAUAAGAUUCUUUUAUCUAUUCCAAAGAUGCUUUCUACAGGGUGGUCAUUAUGUCUAAAAAUUGAGAUAAUACUAUUUGGUCACUCAUUGUUAUAAUUAUCAAUAAACACUUUACUAAGAGCUUACCUAAAUUCCAGACUUGGUGGCCACCUCACAUAAUUUUGCUUUCCUCUGGGACAGACAAUGAAAUUUAUUCCAGUUGCCUUAAAAAUAUAUAUUCCUCUUCGUGCAUCCUGACUGUCCCCAGGAAGAAUUCUUUGCUCUUCCUGGAAGUAACUUCUGCCUAACCCUACAUAUUGGGUGAGAAAAGGAAGCUGAUUUCAGUAUUUUAGUGAUGAUGAAACACUUCUGUUUUUGAAGUUGUGCUAGUGAAUCCCCAGUCAGCUCACUGGCAUAUGUAUUCUGUACCAAAUGCAUUUUCCUUACAGAUACUGCCCCAAAUCUUGCCAGUUCUUCCUCCUUUGCCCUGCCCUUGAAUGUUCUUUGACUACGUUAGUGAAAACAUAUAGAACAUUCUCCUCUUUAUCCUCUUAAUCACAGCAAAAUAAGAUGUUUACUGUUUAGUCUUAGGCAGUUGAAAUGCCCAGUCAGUUGAUGACAGAUCAGUGUAUGGUGCUGACUUGACUUCUGAGAACUUCACAGCAGUCCUGCUUGAGUGCUAGUUGAUAGGGAUAGAUUGAAAAUCAGGUGUGUGGACACAGCUCAGGUUUUUUAGGGAGCUGGGUAUAAUGCUAGGAGAACACACAAUUUAGAAUAGCACUGUUAGGGAGACAGUUUCCAUAAGCUAGGAAUGUAGCAAGCUGAGGUUAUGUCUGCAUGAUUUGAAAGGCAAAAAGGAUAUGGUUUUGGGGGGAAAAUCUUCAGACCUCUUGGUUCUGCAGAUGCUACACUUAAUCACUGCCUUUUGGAAUUCUGAGGGUGAGGUAUGGGAAAUGGCCUGAUUCCAAGUCCCUGGCUAACCUCUUCAUUCUUUCCUUUCUUCUCCCUUCCAGCAAAAUAGUUAUAGCCAACGCCAGUCACUCAGCAUGUCUCAUCAGUUUGCUGUUAGCCAGUACUUUGAUACCAAUAAAAAACAAAACACCUUUCCUGUUAUCGUUGAGGAUGAUGCUUGUGUCAUUUUCAGUGGCUUAGAAAAAUCUAUUUCAGGUUUUCCUCAACAAACUCCAUUUUCUCUUCAAUGAUUUUGUUUUCUAGAAAAAUUCUGAUAAAAGUAAAACUAAAGGGAUCUUUCAUUUCUUCUAGAGCCCACGUUUCCUUCACUUAGUUAUACAAUGAAAAUCAUUUGGGUGAUCUCUUAGUUUCCAGUCUGUCCUCACAUUCUAUGAUUGUUGCCAGCUCUGAAUUCAUUUUGUUUUCCAUUAUCCUAGCAGGAGUCCCACUAACUUAGAACUCAAAACCAUAGCUGUCUUUAAUACCCUGUAACACAAUAUAGACUUAAAACCAGCACUAUUCAUUGGACGCUGACUAAAUGAUGUGCAGUUUUAGAACAGUUAUAAGCAUUUAUUCUUUCAAACAUCCUUUGAGAUUGGCAUGAUUCCAUAUUUAUAAACAAAGAAGGCUGGGUCAGAAACUAGAGCUUCUUGCCCAGGCGCCUGCUGCCAGUCAGCAGGGGAACCAGGAUUAGCCUGACUCUUCAAGCUGUGUUUGUCUGCACGUUAACCCUCUGUGUCCUGUGCCAGGCAAGGUGCUUGCUUGUUUAUCUGAGUGGCCUCACAUGGAAAAUAGCUGAGUUCACUGUGGUAACAUCCAGCCCUGUGUGAGACUCCCUUUUCCCUUUGCAUAAGCAAAAGAAGUUGCUAGAGGAGCAUCUGAGCCCUUGAUCCUCCUCCAUAGCUAUAUUUUAAAAUAAACUGAAAGUUCUCAAAGUACACUGGGCUUGGAUUCAGAGUCAUUGGUGGCGGAAGUAAGCUCUUCUCUCGGUGCACAUGGUAUUGCAUCUGGAAAGGACAUUCCCCCUUGAGUUCCACCAACUGGGGUGCUCACACAUAGGCCAGAGCUCAUGAGAACUUUCCAAGCACUAUUCAAUUUUUGCCCCCUGAGAUCAGAACAGUUUGCUCCCUCUCUCCCACUUCCCAACAUAAUAAAAGGCUCAUGAGUUGGUCCUCUGUAAUAAGUGAACAAAUGAGAUUAAGCACCUAAUCGAGGGUAAACUGUGACUUUUGCCCUGUCUCCCUAAAUGAGUGCCAGUUCACGCCUGUCCACCAGGUGAUGGGGGGCACUGCCGUGGUGACCAUACAGUUCUGGCUACAAGUGAGGGAGAUUGGCUUCCUGCCUGAUCCUCUUUCCCAAGUGUAUACUCCUCUCUCCCCAUAUUGCAAGAGUCAUUCUAAUGAGCUCCUGUCUCUUGCAUUGGGAGGGAAGGUAAAACAUAAGAAUAGUCAUGGGUCAGGGGAGUUUUUGGAGGUGCGGUAAAUUCUUCUGCCAUGUUAUAAAAUAUGUUGACACAGGACAACUUUAAAUAGAAAGACACUUGGGUAAACCCACAGAUAGGGAUUUUAUAAAAUUUGUUUUCAUGGAAACCUGAGUUCAAUAUUAGUAACUUUACUGGUGCUUCAGGUUGAGCACAUUACAUGCAUUGUCUAAUUAAAUCCUGAAUUAGCCUAUGUAAUAGUAUCUCAGUGAUCUAUCUUCUUUGUAUUUAAAAGCUGAAAUAAUCCCAUUUACUUAAACUUUUGUUUUCAUGUACAAUCAGGCAUUAAUCAGGAUAUUCAAAAGGGCCUUUGCUAUACCUUUUCUUAGUUGAAUUCCCCACUCCACACUCUGUUAACAGGAAAGACCAUGCAUUUACUCCCUCCCCCCCACCCAACCUUCACU